ACUGGAAGGAAACACAGGGAAAUAAUGCCAUGGUGAAACAGCCGCUCAUGGCAAAUAGAGCUUGUCCAAGGAGCUUGUCUGUAGUGCGACAGAUUUGAGUUGCGAACACGAUACAUUCGCGCCAUCCUGAGAUCAGGCGUUUUUACUCCUGUGUCAUAGAAAUAUCGAGAGGCGGAGUAUAUUGAAAACAACUGCAGUAGCCAGCAGGCUGCAUUUGCGCAAGAAUGGAUUACCCAGCAUCAGAUUAGUGGAAUGACGCUUUCCAUAUAGCUUUUAGCUGCAUUUUAGCUGCAUAUCGCAAUAACAUAGGAACACAUAAUAUAAUCUUUAGUGUUGCACCAAAAAGAGACAGAAGUCUUUAUAAGCUAUCCCAAAGGGGAUACUCAUACGUCUUGAUUGAAUAAGAGGUUUAUAAUAAUAUGUCAGAUUUAAAUCGAUUAUCGGAAAUAUAAUUAUUGUGUCAAUGUCACAGCACCGUGGUUAUUACACUGCUGACAAACACCGAAGGCGAAGUUGGGAAGAGAGAUGAGCAUGUAACCGAAACCAUAGCCUCGGGAGUGUAGGAAUUAAAGCGGAUUUUCUGCGACGAAAUGACGUGACGGUGAACCAGAUGAUGUUGAUGCUUCAGGUGAUUCUAUUAGCUGUGAUCAAGUCGGUAUUGUCGACUGCUACGUGUUCCACAAACUUUACAGCGUUGGCGAAGAGCUGCAUGCAGGAGGUGGAACAAGAGUUCAGCUUGUCCGUCUCGAAAAUACUCGCGAAGGAUGCGGAGGGGACAAGGGAGCUUUGCAGGAAGUAUCAAGAGAUGUACUACUGCCUGCAUAGCGUGCUCGACCCCUGCUCCACCUUGGGGAAGCACUAUUUCUCUCUGAUACAGAGACGCGUGGUCAGUAACUAUGGACAGCAUUGUCCAGGGGUUUCACCGGACAGCAGACGAACGACGCCUUCGCUGCCAGUGUAUCACGUGACGACAACAGAACAGACCCCUCGGGAUGUUUCAAGCGAGAAAAUGAACAGGCAAUUAAAGUCGGCGUCGGAUUUUAUUCUACCGGAUAACAUAUUUGUAAUUAGCGUCUUGUUGAUUUCAUCAUGUGUGUCGGUGUUAAUUAUAUCUUGAUUCUUCGAACUGCGUGCAAUACAAUGUAUAUGUAUGUCUUGGUUAUCACCGUUUUCAACGAAUUCUUGACUCAAUCGUCGGCUGGGUCGAAAGUAGCCGGACUUAGGGCAAGUAAACUGCUGCAUAUAAAGUCGAGACGGAGAGACGACUAAUUCCAAGUACGAGCCCGACUCGCCUUUGAGACUGAAUCAUCGAUAUACAUGUUUUUGAAUGAACUAAAUUAAAGACUAUUUCCAAAGUAAUGAAGACAAGGCCUAUGGUUAGACCCUGUUCUUGUGCAUUGUUAAAUGCAGUGCAAUGAUUUUUCAAUUAUCCUGUUUGGUGAAGUCACGGUCUUGAUGGAAGCCCCUUUUUAUGAAAACCCAACAUAUAUAUAUUUCACGCCGAAGUUGUCCCUUUAAACGCUUGCUUUUGGGCAUGGUCUGUCGCACCCGACGCCAUGCAGGCGUCUCAGCUAUAUAAUCAUCCGUUUUAUAAAUUCUAAACCACCAACAUCUGAUAAAUAAUAAGUCUCAUCGCAUAAUUAUUUUAAUUUUUGAUGAGUCGGAGGUGCAUGGUUACGGGGACUAAUAUCAUUUGUGUGUUUGUAUCUAAUAAAGUUUGUGGAAUGUGGUCCAUUAUAGUCCGACCGAGCGCUGUAACUUGAAAUUUUAAUGUAUAAUUUCGAAUCGGGCUCCAGGCUGUCAUCUUUGAAUCAUUCACAUUAUUUAAUUACAACCAGGACCCUUGGGGGACUAGAGUCUUCACAGAGACCGUUAUUAACUCUUACGCUGAAUACAAAAGGUUGAAUUCUCCGGAAUCAGUAGCUUCUUCGCCGGUCCUGCGCACAAAUGCUAUGAUUGUGCGCUUCUUAAAUGCUUUGAAGGGAUUGAUCAGUAUAAAAAACAGCAUUUAAAAUUCCACCUAGAUUUGAAUUGUACCAGCCAUGAACAAAGAACAUCAUCCACCAUGCUGCAAGCAGGUUGAUAGAGACAAUGUCACAAUCUAGCCCAAGCACCAGCCAGCAGUUGAGCAGGUUGUGAUUUUGUCCUUGAGGGUGGUACACUCCGAACACAUUGGACCGGCCUCGUCCUGACAUCCAUGGAUGAUACAAUGGGCUGC